UUACCAUUUGUCCCGCGAAGUUAUACUGAGUCAGAACAGUUCACCUUCGAACCCGUAGAAUGCUCCCUAGUGGAAUAUAUUGUGAAAUCAAUACCAGAUAACAAAGCUCCAGGAAUCGACAAAAUACCGAUCUGUGUCAUUAAGGACUGUUUACCCGUUAUUUCGCCAUGGAUAACCUCAAUCAUAAACAACUCUCUGGCGAACAAUAUAUUCCUGAAUACUUGGAAAAUCGCGGAAGUAAUUCCCAUUCCAAAAGAAGGUGAUCAUGAGCUGGCGAACAAUAACCGACCCAUUUCCCUAUUACCAGUUCUUUCAAAAGUAUGUGAGCAUGUAGCACUCCACCAACUGACGUCUUACCCAACCACCAAUCACCGUCUCUCUGUGCAUCAAAGUGGCAACAAAACCUGGCAUUCAACGGAAACCUCCCUUAUUCAUUCCACCGACUCUAUUCUAAAAGCAAUUGACCAGAAGAAAGUAACAGCAGUUAUUCUUUUGGACAUGAGCAAAGCUUUUGACAGCAUUAACCAUAAUAUACUGCUUGCUAAAUUGGAGGACGUUGGUGUCUCGUCUAGAUGCCUGGGUUGGUUUAAAAGUUACCUCAGCGAGAGAUACCAAGCAGUACGUAUCAACUCUGCUCUAUCUGAGAAAUUGCCAGUUGUUAGCGGUGUCCCACAGGGAAGUAUUCUGGGCCCGUUACUUUUCAGUAUUUAUGUGAAUGAUUUGCCGUCAGUCGCCAAAAAUUGUUCAUCAGAAUCGUAUGUUGAUGACACCAAACUCCUUCUGUCCUUCCGAAUUGAUGACUCGAACAUUGCGCUGACUGAUCUAAACGAGGAUUUGAUUAGAAUGCGAAACUGGUGUUUUGAUAACCUGCUCUUGCUGAAUCCAGACAAAACUAAAUUGAUGGUCUACGGAAGCCGCCAAAUGCUCGCGAAGUUACCUGAUUUUAGACUCUCGCUACUUGGUAAGAAACUAACACCUGCUUCAUCAGUGAAAGAUCUCGGAGUUAAGUUUGAUCCAAUCCUCUCCUUCGACAAUCAUAUCCUUUCUACGUUUUUAUCCUGCAAGUCAAGUCUCUGCCAGAUAAAUCGCGCUAAGCAUGUCUUCCCUAAAAACUUUUUAAUAACUGUCAUCAACGCCUUAGUAUUUAGCAAACUCUACUAUUGUUCCUCUCUUUGGUCAAAUACUUCCUGCAGCAACCUAUCCCGACUUCAAGGAGUCCAGAACUUCGCAGCACGAGUAGUGAGCAACAGAAGGAAAUUUGACCACAUCACCCAGAUACUUAAGGAACUGCGCUGGUUUCCCGUGAAGUCACAUCUGUACAGUCGCGAUGCUUUAUUAGCUUUCAAAUGCAUGAAUGAUUGCGCACCUGCCUACUUAUCGUCUCAGUUCAAAACGAGAGGUGAA